AUGAACUUUGGCGAGAUCUAUGCUUCAUCAAAAGAAUCCUACACCCUGGAGCUCCAGAACUGCAAGUUUAUAACCAAGUGUGUGGAUAAUGCGGCACAAAUCCAAAGGAAGAGGGACCCGCCAAAAUCGAAGUGUCCUGAGGCACAGCUGCCACGAGGCAAGGCUCGUGCAGCGCACCGUCUGAGAGCGCAAAGGAAGCCGCACUGCCGGCCUGUGCCAGCCAACAGCCGCAGUGAGGAGAGGAGGGUGGGUCGUCUCCUGUCAGCCUCCUCACAGCUCGUCCAGCAGCGCAGGCAGCAGCUGAAGGCAAGUCGGGCUUUCCUCUCACCUGUGGGGCAGGAGCCCCCGGCCCCUUCCAUCAUGAUUCUUUGGCUGUGGUUCUGCUUGGGCUUCUCCAUCUCGGCGUCGCAGCCCGACUCUGAGCUGAUGGCAAGGUACCUGGAAGAGAAGCUGUUGGCAGACUACAGCAUCAUGGAGCAAGUUGCACGCCGUGUUCCAAGGCAGGCCAAAUUUUUGCAGAGGCUGGAAACUAGGCCUCGGAUGUCUGAAUUCACUGUGAAAUCCACGAUCAUUUCUCGGUAUGCAUUCACCACGGUGUCAUGCACAAUGGUGAACAGUGGAUCUGAGGCUCGUGAAGCUGUGUUUGAGAUGCAGAUUCCAGCUGCAGCCUUCAUCUCCAACUUUACCAUGAGCAUUGGCAACAAGACUUACUAUGGAGAGGUCACAGGGAAAGAAAAGAAAAAUAGCAGUGAUGACCAAGCAAGGAACAAGAAACCUCCAAGCCCCACAGAUGGGAGGGACAAUGGCUAUGAGACAUUCAAAGCUUCUGUCUUCAUUCCUCGCAAGAUGCAGGCCAAGUUCCUACUGCAUUAUGAAGAGCUGUUGCAAAGGCGACUGGGAAAAUACGAGUACGCGGUCAGUAUUCGGCCCCAGCAGCUGGUGGGGAGGCUACGAGUAGAGGUGAACAUCCUGGAGAACUCAGGCAUAGUUUCACUGGAAGUGCCCCCCCUUCGAAACAGCAAGCAUAAAGGCAAUGGAAAAACUGAAGGUGAUGUUUCUCCUCCUCCUUCCACUGUAAUUGGACAUACCAAAACCUUAGCCAAAGUUACCUUCAAUCCCAGUGUUGUUGAGCAAACCAGGAUUGCCCGAAAUGGUAUUUUGGGAGACUUCAUAAUUAGAUAUGAUGUCAACAGGGAGCUGAGUAUUGGGGAUGUCCAGAUCCUUAAUGGGUAUUUCGUGCACUACUUCGCCCCUACAGAUCUUCCUCCACUGCCAAAGAAUGUUGUAUUUGUGCUUGACAGCAGUGCUUCCAUGGUGGGAACAAAACUGAAACAGACCAAAGAAGCUCUCUUCACAAUUCUCCAGGACCUCAGACCUGAAGACCACUUCAAUAUCAUUGGCUUUUCCAACCGAAUAAAGGUCUGGCAGAAGGACCGGCUGGUGCCAGUCACUCCAAAUAAUAUAAGAGAUGCCAAAAAGUACAUCCAUAACAUGUCGCCUACUGGAGGGACUAAUAUUAAUGGUGCUCUCCAGACUGGUGCAAAGCUGCUAAAUGAUUACAUUGCUCAGAAUGACAUUGAUGCCAGGAGUGUCUCUCUGAUCAUCUUCCUUACGGAUGGGAGGCCCACUGUCGGUGAAACACAAUCUUCCAAAAUCCUCAGCAACACCAAGGAUGCCAUCCAUGAUAAAUUCUGCCUCUUCACCAUUGGCAUUGGCAAUGAUGUGGACCAAAAGCUGCUGGAGAGGAUGGCACUGGAGAACUGUGGCAUGACAAGACAUUUCCAGGAGGAUGAGGAUGCAGCUAGCCAACUCAAAGGGUUCUAUGAUGAAAUAGGAACACCCCUUCUCUCUGACAUCCGUGUUGAUUAUCCUGAAGACAAUGUGGAACAAGUCACUCAGAACUUCUUCCCCAACUACUUCAAUGGCUCUGAAAUCAUAAUAGCUGGAAAACUCAUCAAUCGCACCUCAGAUAGUCUCCACGUGGAGGUGACUGCUAGCAACUCCAAGAAGUACAUCCUUCUCAAAACAGAUGUGGCUAUUGACCUGCCAAGCAGGAAUGACAUUAGAGGAGUCCCUGGCCUGGAAGAUGGUAAAGGUGAUAACAAUUACAUUGAGAGAGCAUGGAGUUAUCUCACCAUCAAGGAAUUACUUAACUCCAGGUUGAAGAGUGAUGACAAACAGGAAAAAGAGUAUUUGAUGGAGAAAGCCAAAUCAAUGGCCCUGGCUUAUAAUUUUGUUACUCCCUUCACUGUUCUGAAGAUGAAAGAGGCUGGGCUCCAUUCAGAACCUCCUCAAGAAGAGUUUAUCAACCCUUCUACUGAUGGCAUUGGUGAGAAGUUGCAGAGCUUACAGGGACAUAAAGCACCAUCAGGUACACGCCGACAGCAGAAUAAACAAAGAAUUAAAAUCUCCAAAACUUCAGCGGAUGGAGACCCUCACUUUGUCGUUGAUUUUCCCUCCAGCAAGCUCACGGUCUGCUUCAAUAUUGACGGCGAACCAGGGGACAUUCUCCGACUGGUCUCUGAUCAUAAGGAAUCUGGUAUAACUGUGAAUGGUCAGUUAAUUGGAGCUCCUGCACCACCCAAUGGCCACAAGAAACAUCGGACUUACUUCAGCACCAUCACUAUCCUCAGCAAUAAGCCAGAAAGAUCUUACCUAGAGAUCACACCCAAAAGAAUCAUCAUGGAUGAUGGGGAAAGACUUCUUCUGUCCUGUGGUCGGAGCGCUGUUGUGCGAAGCAGCAGCCUCGAGGUGUCCAUCUCUGCCAAUUCUAACAUCACGGUGACGAUAAGAGACACAAUCAGCUUUGUCAUCCUCAUCCACCAUUACAAGAAGCCAGCCCCAUAUCAGAGGAAUCACCUGGGGUUCUACAUCUCCAACAGUAAAGGCCUUUCCUCUGACUCCCAUGGGCUACUGGGUCAGUUCUUGAACAAUGAAGUUAAACUUCUUCAGGAAUCCCUAAACACAAGUCAUCAGCAGGUUGGUCAGAACCAAACAGAAGCAUUAAAUCCAAACCCUACAAACAUCCUGAAUGUGAAGGGCCGGCUUGUUCCUGUGGUGUGGAAGCAGAGGAGGAUCUACAAUGGCCAGAAGGAGGUUGACUGCUGGUUUGCCAAAAACAACGCAGACAAACUGAUUGAUGGGAGCUAUAAAGACUAUUUGGCUUCUCAUCCUUUUGACACAGGGACCAGCUUUGGGACAAUUGACAGCCUUUAAGGCUGAUCAUAGCAAUGCAUUACAGUGGCAUGUGACAGUGGUUCCCUUCUGAAGCCUCUAGAGCUAGGCAACUUCUGAAUAUUUCUUUAUUUUUUUGAUGCCAAAGAAACCAAGGCUUUCUGCCCUUGGAAAUCAGCUCUCUCUUCCAUGCUGGAUGAAUAUUGUUCAUCAAAUUCCUGGAGACAAGGAGGUUGGGGAGGGAAGGAUUCAGGGUGUGUUUGAAGUGCUCUCCCAGUGGGAAGGGAGGGAGAAAUGGGCCAACGCUAACAUCAAAUGGGGCAAAGAGAUGCUGGCCUUAAAAAUAAACCCAUGAAGGGCUCUGUGCUGUAGCCCCAGGGGUUGGUGAGUCACCCAGGAAAAGGUGCAAAUCAUACAGCACAGUGCCUAACUAGAGACAGCCUUGGGAGAUAUGCCUUGCCAAGAAAUGACUUGGAACACCUGCUUCAACCUUGGUCCCUGGAGAAGGAAGAGAGAGAGAGAAGUGAGUAGAUACUCAUCUUCAGUGACCUGUUAGCAUUAAAGAGGUAACAAAUGAAGACCUUUAGUCAAUGGGCCCACAACAAGGGAUUGCUUUCUUGUUUGUUGAGCUGGGGUCUGGAUUUGCAGCUAAAUAAGAUGUUCCUUGAAUCUCUAUGGACCCUUAAAACAGUGGUGAACACUGCAUGUAGUUUACUGCUGUCUCUCUCUGUGCACAGGCUGCACGUCUGGUCUUGAGCAGCAAGAGGAGUGGUGUAGGCUCCCAUUGCAGGUUUAGUGAUUUCUUGAGUCUUGACUCCAUCUGAGAAAAUUAAAUUCCUGCUGUGAGCUUCCAACAGACCUGUCACCUCCUUCAGCAGAGCAUAACUUCUGCUUAAUAGAGAUCUAGUUCUCCAUAUGGUGAUGAUGAACCAGCACCCUCAGCUUUUAUGACCCUGCAAAGCAGUAUCUUGAAAGUAGACUACACAUUUCUAGUUGCUUUUCUAAUCAAGGAAAAAUCUUUAUUUAUGCCAAAUUGUCAAAAUUUUUUUCAUCCCAGUUUCCCCUGGCUCCUUCUGUUUCCUUACACUACAGGAAUUUGUAUGCAGUAGGAAUUUGGCUGCAGGAGGUUACAGAAGGGCCUGCCAGCCACCCCCACUGCAGGUGGUGCUGCUCUGCAAAGAAACCUCCUAAGACAAACUGCAAGGCUGUGGUCUACUUUAAAGUGAGGCAUCACUGACUAAUGCUAUAGAUCAGUCACAAGGGAGUUUGCUUAGUAGAGAACUUGGCCAAAGAGGACUGCAACAAUGACAGAGACAUUUACAUGGCAAGGCCAAGUUGAGCUCAUGUAUACACUGCCUUUCCAGAACUGGAAGGAGAGUGGGUGUGGAAGCAUGUCCAGGAGCUAAAUGAUAGCCAUCUGUUAGGAGAAAAUAGAGUUGCUACAGAAAUAAGUUCAAUCAUGACUGAUUUUUUGCAUAUUUAAUUAAAUUGUAUUGUUGCUGUAGGAGAUCCAGCUGCUGUGGGUGCUGUGGUGGUUUUCCAGUUGCUUGAUCAUCUGGUUAGUACUGCUAGCACUGUGGCAGCAGAGUGGGUAACAAGCAUUGUUGCUUAUUCACACCCAUGUACUGUGGUGAAGAAGGAAACAGCCAAAAGCAAUCAGCUAGAUUUAAUUGCACUCUGGAAGAUCCAUAAAGAGAGCUAAGGCUCACACUUUGGAACAAAGAGAAAACAACUGCUUUAAGCCCAGAGAGCUUGAGAGAAUAAAAGGCAAAACUGUCAGCACAGUCCUAAGUAGGCAGUUACUAAAAAGCUUAAUGCUCUGCAGCACGGUCAUGGGCAAGAAGAGAAAAAGCGUCUGGAAAGUUGACUUCUGCUCAAGAAGAGAAUGGGAAGAUUUCAGCCCAUUUAUAAAUAACCUCCCCUUUUAGGAGCAGAGGGUGAACAGUCCAGGGUUUAGCAAGUGUCUUCUUUGUACUACCCUUACUAAAAACAUUUCUUUGACAUCUUUGCUGUCCUCCACCUUUUGCUGUUCAAGUGUAUUGUAGGGGGAGUGAAUGGCUUCAGCUCUCAUUUUUCCUGUAAGCAGGUAU